AUGCUUACGGUUGCUCCGCAAUACGCAACACAUUGUGCUGUAGAUGACUCUACAGCUCACGGUGCAGCCUGGUGCGGCGAAUGCCCAACUGAGGAGUCAGGAGCAGCUGGCUUGAAUACCAGCUCUCGAGCGGCAUCAUGCGCUGCGCGUUCUCCUAUACUACAGCUGCAGCGUGAGUACCCUGCAGCAUUCGCUGCUGUUGCUGCUGCGGCUGCCUCUACAGGCAAGCUGCGGCUCCUGCAGGAUCCGCUGUGGCUGGCGGCCAUAGACGCUGUGCAUGCGUGGCGGCACAGCACCAACGUCGAAGAGCCUUCCAGCGUAGAAGCUGCAGAUUUGACUGCUGCAGCAGAGGAAGGCGGCAAUGUUGCUGAGGCAAUUCGUGAAGCGGCUAGGGCGGUGGGAGAGGAAGAUCCGCUAGUGCGGCUGCAAGCUGCUGUCUUAUUGGGUGAGGCAGCAGCUCUGCUGCACUCGAUUAGUGAGGCUUUAACUGCUUCCUCACUGCAAAAGUCUGCAGUAGGAUAUAAAUCAACAGUAUCUGGAUCAGAGCAUAACCCACACCUUGUUGCAGCAGCAGACCGAGCGGCUCACGCACUGGAGUUGUGGCACUUCCGGCUGAUGGCGCUGCCCGUUAGUGUUAGUUUGUUAAGCUUAGGAUCCCGAGGAGCAGCGCCUUGGAAGCCACGGCCGUGCAGCUCCUUGUCUGGCGUUGCUGCAACACCGCUGCUGCAGCGGCCCGCUGCCACGGAUGAGCUGCUGCUGCUGCACCAGAAGGUCCGCUGGGCUCUUGGGUUUUUAACAUCUGCCGACGCAUGCUCCGUCGAGAAGAUCCAGCCACUUCGUCUUCGCUGUAUGCAGGCGCUGCAGCAGGCCCAGCAACUGGCGCUGCAGCUGGGGUUGCCUGCAGUGGCAGCAAGAGCGGGAGCAGCAGGAGAAGCAGAAUCGGCAGAAACAGGAGCACCACGAGCAGAAGCAGCAGCAGCAGCAGCAGCAGCAGCAGACACGGCAGAGGUUGUGUUGGCGCGUCAAACCUGUGGUGGGGCUGCUCUACCUCUACCCAUAUCAUCAUUGCCGAGGCUGGAUGACAGGGACAUGAACUGGCAACUGUUGUUUCGGACCCGAGGGGCAGUGGCAGCACCAGGUUGGAACAGUACUGGAAAGGUGCAGCAUCGGCAGCAGGAGUCGCCGCAUUGGUGGCCAAAAUCGCUCUCUCUGCCUCUUGGCCAUCUUUUGUGGAGUUUGAGAUCCGUAGGCAAGAAACGCACUUCUCAAGAAGUGCUGCUUUCUCGCGGCUUUUUCCUCCCAACGGUCAGCCCACACUGGAGAGGUGAAUUCAUGGGUUGCGCUACAGAUGUUGCAGCAGGAUCAGCAGUGGAAGGCAGCUUCCUUCUCAAGCAUGCAGCAAAGCUGCACGCCCUCCUGACGUCCUCGCUAAGGCCAGAGCUGGCGUUGCGCUGA